CUGAGACAUAUUAUGGGGGGUUCAGUGAAAAUAAGUGGGGGAUCUCCAUUUGGUGGGUAGCAAAGGAAAAAAUACCAAGCUUGGUUCCUCACUGACAUUGGCAAUGCCCCAGUAGGGGUGGGGUAAGCUAAUAUCCCCAAAUAUAAGGUCCCACUCCUUUAGAUUACAAGAGUGGAUUUGGCAGGAGUGUGCCCCUCAAAAUAGAGUGGGAAGGUGCCUGGAGAUAUUGGAACCAUAUCUUGGAAAUGUGGGGGGUCUUGGUUUUGGAAUAGGGGAAGUGGGGACAGAGACACUGGAAAGGAGGGAAGGGGGAGUUUUCAGUAGGGGGCAAAAUCAAGGGUGGGGUCAACUGAGGAGUGCAUAGGCUGCAGGGUCAGGUCGAGCUAGCACUGGUCCCAAAGGUGGGAACUGGCUGCUAGGGGCAUAGGGUGGGGGGAGUCUGGGGCUUAUCCUCAGGUCCUGUGGGUGGGGCAGUGAGUCGGGGCCUGAGCGUCAAGAGCAUGCCCCGGUGAGCGGGCUCCUCUGGGGGAGCCCAGCGCGCUCCGGGCGCCUGCCGGUUUGGGGGUGUCUCCUCCCGGGGCGCCAUGGCGGCGCUGGCCAGUAGCCUGAUCCGGCAGAAGCGGGAGGUCCGCGAGCCCGGGGGCAGCCGGCCAGUGUCGGCGCAGCGGCGCGUGUGUCCCCGCGGCACCAAGUCCCUUUGCCAGAAGCAGCUCCUCAUCCUGCUGUCCAAGGUGCGACUGUGCGGGGGGCGGCCCGCGCGGCCGGACCGCGGCCCGGAGCCUCAGCUCAAAGGCAUCGUCACCAAAUUGUUCUGCCGCCAGGGUUUCUACCUCCAGGCGAAUCCCGACGGGAGCAUCCAGGGCACCCCGGAGGACACCAGCUCCUUCACCCACUUCAACCUGAUCCCUGUGGGGCUCCGUGUCGUCACCAUCCAGAGUGCCAAGCUGGGUCACUACAUGGCCAUGAAUGCCGAGGGGCUGCUCUACAGCUCGCCACAUUUCACAGCUGAGUGUCGCUUUAAGGAAUGCGUCUUUGAGAAUUACUAUGUCCUGUAUGCCUCUGCUCUCUACCGCCAGCGCCGUUCUGGCCGGGCCUGGUACCUAGGCUUGGACAAGGAGGGCCGGGUCAUGAAGGGAAACCGAGUCAAGAAGACCAAGGCAGCCGCGCACUUUGUGCCCAAGCUCCUGGAGGUGGCCAUGUACCGGGAGCCUUCUCUCCACAGUGUCCCUGAGACCUCCCCUUCCAGUCCCCCUGCCCCCUGAAAUGUAGUCCCUGGACUGGAGGCUCCUUGCACUCCCACUGAGCCAGCCACCACCACAGCCUGUCUCCCAGUCCUGCUCUCACUCCUGCUGCCAACACAUGCCCUGAGCAGCUGGGUCCCACCAGGUGCUCUACCCUGAGGGGGCCUAGGGGCUGGCUGUCACUUCCAGGGCUGCUGAGACCCUUAGAUCCUUGGGCCAGGAAAGGGAUCAGAGAGUGGGAUGUCUGAAAAUGGUCCUGGCUGAUCACUUCUUUCUUUCCACACUCACACACCCCCAAAGCCUUUUCCUGAGAUGGCGCUGGGGGUUGCCAAACUGACAGAGCCAGAGCAUAAACACACCGCAAUCCUGGCUCAGCCAGUUCCUACAGCCCUCUGCCCAUUUUUAUUGCUACUCAGCCACAGAUUUAUGGGUCCAGUGGAGCUCAGGAUUAGUGUCCUUCUUUCCCCAUUAUACCUUCUACCUUGGUCUGAACAAGUUCUAGAACACGAGACACCCCAGCCAGGGCCAUUUUUGCACUAGGGCUCUGUGCUGGAACCCAGGCAUGCUGCCAGGCUCUGUUCUGGAUCCAUCAGUCUUCUAUCCUUGACUCUGAUGGACUCCUGGUUUCCAGGUAGAGAAAGGCUGGAUUGGAGCCUUGUCUAGCUGUUGGCCGUGACCUGAAUUAGGACCACUUUCAGAUGACCACAGGUUUAACCUUCUUCCAGAGAUAUCCAAUUCUAGAGCAUGGUAUUCUAGACCUUUAUGGAGCCAUGCUUUCUCCUGAAUUCCAGCUCUAGGACAUAGACCAUGACUCUCAGCCCUUCUUCCCUGGUUGGAACUGGGGCCUAUAUAGCCAUAGUAUUGCUCUAGAGCAUGUUCUAGACCCACCCGCCCACCUUCUCAAGUGAUACCUAUUAAGGAUGAGCUCUGGAAAGGGCCCAGCUAUGAUUCAUUAAGAACUAAGUUCUGGAUGAAUCAAAAACCAUUUCUUGUUUUUCCUAGAUAAUUUUCUAAAAAUCUUAUUCUUCCAUAUAUAAUGCUAAUCUUAUUUAUACAUGCAGUUUCUAGUUCCUUUAACCCAGCUGAGGUCCUGCCAGAGAAACAGAGUCUGGGCAUGGGCAGAAUUUAGGAAGGAUCCCUGGCUCAUAGUAGGGAAGUCGGGAUGGGGAAGGGGCCAAAAGCACGGGGUGACUGAACCUGAGUCUGAGUUGGGGGGACAUGGAUAUUUAGCUACCUCAGCAGGAAUUCUGUCCAGGUCCCCUUUAAAGCUGAGGUCUUUAGGGUAACGGGUCUAGAAUGAAAAGGACACAUGGGACACAGCUUUGGCCCUCCCUGCGAGGAGACCCCAUUUCAGCAAUAAGUCCCACCCUUUUCCCCUACAGGUCAGGUCAAGGAGGGUGAGGACCUCUUGGGCUCCAGACCUCAUACACCCCCAGAGCUUCGAAGUGAAUAGCACUUGCUUUACCUUACAGCUUAUCACCUCAGCUGGGUUUUGGGUACCCAAAAAGGACCUGUCUAGAUUUUUCUGAAAACUAUGGGGGGCCAGGGGGGAGGCCUGGAAAGACUGGGAACCUACUAGUAAACUAGGAGGGAGACUCAGUAGCCUCAGCCUUGGGCAGGAUAGACUGAGGAAGCCCUAAGGCAGUAGCUAGGGCUCACAAGCAGGGCACUUUUCCUCGGGCUGUUUUACUUCUGGCUUGUUGCAAGAGGAGCAGAUGCCCCCUCACCCACACAAAGCCCGCUCAGGCUCCACCCAUCUCCUGGCUCUGCUCCCAGCAGACUGGGUCUUCACUCCACGCUUUCUCAAUUAAAGACGAUUUAUACAA